GUGGGUGCGGUUCUGUGUGUUUGCGUUGGUGUCGGAUGGGCGUGCACGAAGCGCGUGUACAAGGGGGGAGUGUGUGCCCCUCAGCAGUAGGCUAAAGCUAUUUUGAAAAUGACCUCUCAUUCGGGCACCGGACAGCGACACCGCAGCUGUUUGAUUUGGAACCAUGACUGAAGAUGACGGAUUCAGUUGUCGUGGAGGGAUAUGUCAAAUUCAGAGAUGGAAAAAAGUGGAAGGAUAGGUGGGUCGCACUCCGCAAGCCAUCGCCCGUAGCAGACUGCUUGGUACUUCUGGUCUACAAAGACAAGUCGGAUAAAGCCCAGGGCCACCGGGAGAGGGUCAGUGUCACCUUGGAGGACAUCUGUGGUCUGGAGAUAGGUCUCUCCUAUGAGGGGGUGGGCUACACGCUGGUCAUCAUCUGCCUGGGCCAGGUUGUCAUGCUGGGCUUCGACGGAAAGGAGGCUCUGCUGGCCUGGGACAUCCGCAUCCGCUACAGUCUGGGGGAAGUCCACAGGUUUAGCGUUGGUAUCUUACCAGGCACCAUGUUGGAGAGCGGGCCUGCGACCCUUCACUUGUGUAACAACCUAUUGGUCCUGGUCAGGGACAUUCUCCCCGUUAUCAUCGGCCAGUGGAAUCUUCCAGACCUGCGCAGAUAUGGGCCUGUACCAAACGGCUUCGUCUUUGAGGGGGGGACGCGAUGCGGCUACUGGGCUGGCGUCUUCUUCCUAUCAUCCGUGGAGGGUGAGCAGAUCAGCUUUCUGUUCGACUGCAUCGUCAGAGGCAUCUCCCCCAGCAGAGGCCCUUUUGGACUUCGGCCAGUCCUGCCAGACACCAACGCUGUCGCUAACCAGGCCUACUCUGAUAAGAGGGUGAACCAUGAGGCCCAGGAGUUGGAGAAACGACUCAACAUGCUGUCUCACCAGAGCAGCACAGCUUCCUCCACAUAUGGUCUGUCUGUGGCGGGAGACAUCUGCAGCAUAUCAGGCUCCUCUCACACCUCCGACACCAGCCAAUCAGACUCCAUCGUCGGCAGCCGGCUGGCUAUUUGGACUGAGCCUGUCACAACAAGCUCUACCCGUACAGAGACCAUCAUUGGCCAGUUACAGGCCAAGGAGAAACCGUCCACCAGCCUGGUGGUUGGAGCCCGUGUAGUAGCCAAGACCCCUCGGUCCCGGCAGCUGCAGGAGAUUGGUCGCCAGAGCUCGUCCGACAGCGGCAUCGCCACAGGAAGCCACUCCUCGUACUCUGGGAGUUUCUCCUCCUACUUGGGUAGCCUGGACUAUGGCUCCCUGCUUAGCCUGCCCCCUCACCUGUCUCUAGACCUGGCCCCCUGUACCUGUCCCCAUGCACCAGGACAGGUACCCACCUCACUGAGGUACAUCUAUGACACCCCCCGAACUCUACUGCAGGGGGGAACAGGAGGGGCCAGGGGGCAGGAUAUCUCCACAACACCUAUGGACCAGGUGGCCAGUUCACCCCCAUUAUGUGAGUCAUCACAGGGGGGGAAAGAAGCUCCUCUCGGGGGUCUCUCGGACAAUGUUGCCAGGCGCUCCACCACAGAGCUCCUGCAGAGCCACUCUGAGGAGAGCAAAAGAAGGGUGGCGCCCCCUAGUGACAGUCAACACCCAGAGUCCUGUCAGAUCUGCAGUAGUUCCCAACCCACUGCCUCCAAAACCCUCCUCACUAUCUGCCCCACCUGUGGAGGAUUCAAGGGGAACCCGCUCUCCUCCACAGUGGGCUCGGCAAUGCCAGCCAUACCAGACAAGAAGCUGAAAAGUAAGGAGGAGAGGAGCAAAGUUGAGUAUGAUACCAUGGAUAGCUGGGCGUUGGAGAAGAGUUCAGAGCCAGAGGAGAAAAGCAAGUAUGAGCUGGUGGGCAGUUGUGGACAACAACGGUUCCUUCAUGAGACUGAAGGGGCCAGGUUUGUGUUUCCGCCAGACAUGGUGGCUCCAGAAAGACCCCGUGGUGAUGGUGUGACAUACAUCAAUAUUCCCAUCAGCCCCAUGUCUAAGAAACAGCUGAACUACAUGGAGCUGGAGCAUCAGGAGCAUGCUGGGGUCAGGGGGACUGGCCAACACCUUCCAGGACAGAUUGGAGAUUGCUCCCGAUCUUUCCGAGUGACAACUGAGCCACCGUCAUCAGCGUGGUCUAAUCGGCAAAAAAGUCAACCAUUAACAUCAUUACUCUCCGGGAAUAUGAGGGACAGUCUUGGUCAACGCGAGAAAGGUUCAUUUCCAAUGUCAGCGAGAGGAUUUCCGUCCUGGUGUGUGCUAUCAUCUAUAUAUCACUUGGAGGAGCAGCGUUCCAGUUUAGCCGCGUCAGAAGGUCAUAGGGCGUUCGGAAUACCAUGGGAAAAGUUCCUCUAAAUAUGCCCUGAUCGACAUCACUGCUACGGAUGCCGCCCACAAAACGGGUACCCAGCAUGCCUUGGGGAGAGAGGAGGGUCUUCACACCCUGGAGCAGAGGAGGAGGGUAGUACCACAGUGACAUCCCAACUCCAAUCUUGACCUCCACAGGGCAUAUGACUGGCCUAGACUAGGCUGUUGUAUAGAAUUCACCAGAAACAUGGAUUUCCUGGGACGCCUCAAAUUGCCGUGAUGUCAAACUCCUCUGAGAUCUGCCAGAUUUGAUAUCUUUAACACCGAUUGUUGACAGCUUCCAUUGAAUUUUGUCCCAAUUACUGGGCUCUUCCGGGGAAGGCUAACCCCAAGAAUCACGCCUUCUGCCCUCAGUGUGAAUUAUACUAACAGUAGGCCUACAGCACUGACGCUCCACAAUCAUCACAAAAGCAACAUGAAAUCAGACUCUAAGGAAAAAAACUAAAGUUGCUGCUUGGAUGGAAGGGGACAUUUCAAUCAAGGCUCUCUUUAGCUGUGUUCACAUUGGCAGUUUAAAGUGACUCAAAUCCUAUUUAUUUGCAUUUCUGAUUUGCAUCUGCUCUUUUUCCUGCAGACUGACCAGUUCAAAAGCACAUGUAAUCGGACAUUUCAACCUACAUUUCAAACCACAUUCUUAGGUGGUUUGAAGAGAUACAAAUCUGAUUCCUGGCCAUGUAAAUUGUGGCUAAACGGUCAAAUCUGAAUAAUUUGCCCUCAAGGGGUUUUUAGACUGUUAUUCGGCAUAUCUUGUUGCUUGCUAGCUGCUCUGUUGGCAGUUUGACGUGAACAUGCGGUAGCUAACUAGCUUGUUAAUUGUUUACCAACAAAUGAGUGAAUGUGCUAGAAAGCUAAACAGCUACCUAGCUAACUAGCCAAAAUAGACUGUAUCAUUUUAAAAGUGUUCUUACACUAUGAUUUUGAACAUUCAAAGCAACUGGGAGAUGUCCAUGGCAGGCAUUGUUGCCACCUUGUCUUGCUACCUAACCUCUGAGGGAUCGGAUGCACAAGCACCACCACCAAUCAGCCUACAACACUGCACACACAUCCGUCAUUACUACUAGCAUAGCUUUGUCAGCAAAUGGUGUCAGAACACACUAAUCCGAUUUUGUCACUUGUAACUUGCUGUUUGGACAUUCAGUAGUCCAGAACGGAUUUGAAAAACACAACUGAUUUUAGCAAUAAAGCCUGCAGUGUGAACAAGGCUUUUGUAUAUUCAGAAAUCUCAUUAGAAGACAUUAUGUCACUGUCACAGCCCGGGCAGACUUGGGUGGUUUGGGGGGCUGAAAGUGCCAGUCUUAGGGGGAGUCAUUACCCGGACGAGCAGUGGGUUUUUCACAGUCUUACCAGUGCCACCCCUAAUCUGAUACAUUUACAUUACAUUUAAGUCAUUUAGCAGACGCUCUUAUCCAGAGCGACUUACAAAUGAUUAGAAUCUCAUUUGGGGAAGAUGAGGGAGAUGAAAAAAUGAAGAGCGUCCCCCUCCAUAACUCCUCUCUGAUUAUCAUUGUAUUAAUUCUACAGCGGUUAGUUGUACGAAAUACUUGAUUGAGGCCUUUUGAUAGAGGCUAGUUCAGCACAGGGCAGGGAAGAUAAUGGAUAAUCAGUCUCUAUUUGUCCUGUACAUUACAUGCCGUCUUACUCAUUCAGAACGCUCACCACGCUUUUUAGAAACUUUGUGAAGCUAAUGCAACAAAGUGGGCAUAGAAGCUGCGGCGGUCUUUGUAUACCGAUGAGAACAACACAAUUAAAUCCUCAUUAAUGGCUUCUGAUGACUCAGCCCAGGCUUGUUAUUGUUCUUUGUUGUCUAAAUGAACUUUGGUUGGCUUGAGUGCGGCUAAUUGCCCACUGUUGACCACAUAUGUAGAGUUCAUUUCUAGGUGCUCUCCAUUUGUUUUUCAGCUUUCACGGUUCACGUGGCUUCGCUGAGGGACAGACAGAGCUUUAGCAACACACACCCUAUAAAUAAUUCAGAACAUGUCGAAAGAAAAUUCAUAGGAUCUUUUUUCAGCUUUGCAGAAAUGAAAAAUGUAAAACAAUAUCCCGGAAAUGUUUUUCAAAAGAGCCUUUGGCCCCCAUUAUGCACACAUACAUUUUUGAAAUAGAUAAUUUAAGACAGGAGUUCCUUUGUAUAUUUUACCUUAGAGGAAUAUAAAUUGCUUCUUGUCCGUAUUCCCUACUGUUUGUUGAAAGUUUCACCGAUAGGAAAAGAUUCUACCAUAGUAUUUAUUACAUCAUUCUGUAGUAAACUGUAGUAUACUGUAGAAUACUAUAUUGCACACUGUAGUAUCCUUCGAUUGUGUAGUGCUUCCAAUAUAAUUGUUCAACACAAGUAUACGACUAAAUUAUAUAGUAACUAUACUACACACUGUAGUAUCCCUUGCUCAUGUGUAGUACUUACUAUAUAAUUUAGCAGCAUACUGGAGAAUACAAUGCCACAUCCUGUAGCAUCCUUCAAUCAUGUGGAGUACUUACUAUAGAAUUUUGUAAUAUACUGUAGAAUUCUAUAGUAAAUACUACAAAAAUAUCCGCAAAAAACACUUAAGUAAAUACAACAGUAAUGUACGCCUAAACACUACAGUGCCCUCAAAAACACUACAGUUUUUAAACAAUAGUCAUACUCCUAUAUUUAAUUUGCAUAUACUCCACCCAUUCCCAUCCCCCAUAUCCUAAUUUGUGCCACCCAUGAGUGAGAAACCUACAUGCCAAGUAUAGAUUGGCAUUUAAAAUCUAAAUCCUUGUGGAAGUGGGGAACUCCCCCAAAAAUGUUUGUUUACAUGCCUGCAAAAUAAAAUAAAACAAUACAAUACGGUGCCCGCAAACUGUUAGUGCCUACAUAAAGUUGUCCAAACAGCAGAGCUUUCUUUACAGAACCAUGGAGUGAAUCCUUACCACCCCUACACCUGGCUAUCAGCAGAGCCUUCUCUGGCAGCGGAAACAGUUCAUUCAGCCUCAUUUACUGCCUUUUAAAAAACAUAGCUGAUAUGGCCUACUUGCUUAAACAAAUGUGGUUUCUACUGACAUUUGAGAUGUACAAACCAUGGCAUAAGGGGACGAUGAGUGGAUAGGAGGCGAUCCGUAAUUUCGAUUAGGACAUUAAUGAGCGAGUCAGGAUGGAUGUAGUCAAUAAAACUAUUUACUCAGCACUUUUGAAAUGUACAGCAACAUAAUUCAGAACAGGUGGUUUUUACCAUAUUCACCCUGUACACCAAGUCAGAACCAUAGGAUAGAUAAAUGGGGCAUAUAAGCAGAUAAUGAACGCUCUUACAAUAUUCGAUGAUGACAUUUCUCUUAAACAGGCUAUCAGCUACAUGUGCACCACCAACAACUAACUGCUUACGUAGUAAUGAUUUCUUGGCUACAGUAUACAUAUCUCCCUGGCAUAUUACAUCAUUUUUGCAGCAGCAUACAAUACAUUUUUGGACUCACUUGAACAGGAAGGUGGUGCACAUCUUUCGUGGGGCAAAUUUUGACAUCAAACUUCGUCAUCAGAGUCUGGCAUUCUCCGAAUUUAUGGUGCACACACCAACUCCACUGAAUAGCAGGCUAGUGAUUGCUUUGCAACUCUUGAAGCUAAACACAGAUUCCUCCACUCAUUGAGUAAUGUCCAAUGGCCGAUGAGCACCGAUAUGUUUCAUCUAUAAUUUCUCUUCAUAUGAGAAGGACUGCAAGCUUGCUAUCUAAGAUUUUGAAAGUACAAUGUUGACAUGAUCAGUCCAAUCAAAGCUACGGUAGCUAUAUCGUGAUUAGACAUUAUUUUAUCUGUGGUCAGGUGUUUGAAUUUCCAAUCUCUCUGCCUAGAUUUUGGUGGAAAUCAUGUAAUAACAAACAAAGUGUUUAACAAAUCCAAAUAUAUUUUAUAUUUGAGAUUCUUCAAAGUAGCCACCCUUUGCCUUGAUGACAGUUUUGCACUCUCUUGGCAUUCUCUCAACCAGCUUAAAAAAAAUAUAUUUAAAAAAUUAUUUAAAUGAGGUAGUCACCUGGAAUGCAUUUCAAUUAACAGGUGUGCCUUGUUAAAAGUUCAUUUGUGGAAUUUAUUUCCCUCUUAUGGCAAGAACAGCUUGAAUAAGCAAAGAGAAACGACAGUCCAACAUUACUUUAAGACAUGAAGGUCAGUCAAUCUGGAAAAUGUCAAGAACUUUUCAAGUUUCAUCAAAUGACACCAAUAAGAAAAAGAGACUUGCUUGGCCCAAGACAUUAGACUGGUCGAAAUCUGUCCUUCUCUGAUGAGUCCAAAUUUUAGAUUUUUGCUUUCAACCGCUGUGUCUUUGUGAGACUCAGAGUAGGUGAGAGAAUGAUCUCUGGAUGUGUGGUUGCUACCGUGAAGCAUGGAGGUGUGAUGGUGUUUUGCUGGUGACACUGUUUGUGAUUUAUUUAGAAUUCAAGGCACACUUAACCAGCAUGUCUACCACAGCAUUCUUAAGCGAUAUGCCAUCCCAUCUGGUUUGCGCUUAGUGGGACUAUUAUUUGUUUUUCAACAGGACAAUAACCCAACACACCUCACUGCAGUGUAAGGGCUAUUUGACCAAGAAGUAGAGUGAUUGAGUGCAGCAUCAGAUAACCUGGCUUCCACAAUCAUUCGACCUCAAACCAAUUGAGAUGGUUUGGGAUGAGUUGUACUGCAGAGUGAAGGAAAAGCAGGCAACACGUGCUCAGCAUAUGUGGGAACUCCUUCAAGACUGUAGAAAAGGCAUUCCUGGUGAAGCUGGUUGAGAGAAUGCCAAGCAUGUGCAAAGCUGUCAUCAAGGCAAAGAGUGGCUACUUUAAAGAAUCUAAACUACUGGUUACUACAUGAUUCCACAUGUGUUAUUUCAUAGUUUUGAUGUCUUUACUAUUAUUCUACAAUGUAGAAAAUAGUAAAAGUAAAGAAAAGCCUUUGAAUGAGUAGAUGAGUCCAAACUUUUGACUGGUACUGUGUAUUUCUCCAGUAUCUGUAAAUACUUUCCCCUGUUUUAAUUCGUCAUCUUGGUUUUCUCAUACAUUAAACAUUUGAAGAUAUGUGCACAGAUCAAUGUAAAGAGUUUUAAAAACAAUGUCUGUAUUUUUCCAAAAGCCUUAUUUUCAUUAAAUUGUAUUUAU